GGUGUCUGUAUGAUCCGCCCCAGACACUGGCAUGUCCUGGGCAGCGCUGGCUGGGCUUCCGGGUGUAAUCUGGGCAAUGUGGUCUCUCGCUCCUGCGACAAACAGAAGACUGUGAAAGGCAGCGAGGUGGUUUCCUGUCUGAGGGUGGGGAAGGAGUUAGUAGACUCACAGGAACAGUCUCUGCAGGUUCAGCACAGUAUAAGAGAGUGAGUUCCUUGGUCUGAGUUUCACUCUGAGCUUCCCAGGGCCAUCCAGCCUUUGGACCUGCAGGUGAAGAUGACAUUUUUGCUGAUCACCGUGACUUACCUUUGCGCUCACACAUUGAUGGACAUCCCUCAGGUGAAUUGCCAGCCGGUGCUGGACAUGGCAUACGAUGCUUUUGAUGACCAGUAUAUCGGCUGCACAGAAGUAAUGGAAAAUAUAAUCAAGUCUAAACUGCUGCGGCAAGAGAAAUCAACGCACAAGGUGUUUAGCAAAAGCUGGGAAGCUGCGAAAAAACAAUGGAAUAAUAAGAAGAAAAAUCUCUCUCUGCCUAUAGGAUUUAAGGAUGAGAAUGGAAUAGCAGUCCUGGCCUAUACCAGCGGAGGUAAGAUACCUUUGUACCAGGAAUUCAACAAAGCUGUGAGAGAGGCUGGUAAAUCCCGAGCUUAUUAUCUCAAACAUUUCCCAUUCAAAGCCCUUCAUUUUUAUUUGACCAGAGCGUUGCAGCUCCUGAAGGGAGACUGUGCUAAGAUGUACGAGCUGGAGGUGUACCGGGGAGUCCAUUCUCUCCACUACAAACCCAAUGACAUAGGUGACAUGGUCCGAUUUGGGACAUUUACUUCGUCAUCUUCAGACUGGGACGUAGCUCAGAGAUUUGGCUCGGCCACAUUCUUCACCAUCCGGACGUGCUUCGGGGUCCCCAUCACAAACAUCUCUUAUAUCCCAGAUGAGGAAGAAGUGCUGAUUCCAGUCUAUGAGAGAUUUAGGGUGUCCCACUUCAUCCAGGACAAGAACAGCAACAUGUUUGUCCUCCACAGCACAAACCGGACCUUCAGCCUUUACAACUGCGCCUACAUAGAAGGAAAGAAAGGGCGACGGUGGGCCUAGUGCUGCGAAGGAUUUCAGGCAGAAUCUGACAUCCGGAGCACUUCGGCCUGGAUAUGCUGAAGCAGAAACCAUGUGAAAUGUUGCUUUGCUCUUUUUCGGUCCCUUGUGCAGCCCACUUAUGUUCCAAUAUGCUAUUAAACAGCCAGGGCUUGAUGGGUAGUAAGCUGACCUUCCCCAGCUUGGGAACUUGCAGCCUGCCAAUGAUUUGUCAACACAUCACCACUAGAGGGCAUGGGAAAUCUUCCGCUGGAUUUGCUUUCUGCAUUUACAGACAAAGCCUCCUACUUGGUGGUAUUUACUAUGCGUCCAUCUCAUGUUAUAGUUCACUCUGAACCCCCGCUUUGUGUCAUCUGGGCUGCAGACAUGAGCAGCUGCUGUGCUGAGCUGAUGUUUGAUGCCACUUAUUUAAUAAAUUUGCUGUAAUUAAUGACACCCUUGUCAUUAACAGAUAGCUAAGGGUUAAUGUCUCUUUCACCUAUAAAAGGGUUAACAAGCAGUGACCUAAAACACCUGACC